CCCGAGCUCAUUGCCGCAGCCCCCAACCCCAGCUGGGGAGGGGGCAAUGGAGCCGGCUCUGUGCGGCUGCUCUCCCACCUCCAGCCCGGAUUGGGGGGCCCUUCCUACGUGGCGGAGCUCACCCGAUACCAGGCGGGUUGACCUGCGCCGCUGGAUCGAGUUCCCAGGCCCGGGCAUCACCUUACAGCCGAGCCGGCAGCCAGCACCCAUCUAUAAUUCAGCAGCACCGGCAGUGGGAUGCGGCGGGCGGGCAGGCGCGGCAGGCAGGCCCAGGAGGGCAGCCCCAUGGAGAAUGGUGUGGGGCAGGAGCCAGGGACCCCCGAGUCACCCACCGCUGAGGGCAUCCCGGCCCCCCGGCCCCCCCGUGCCCGCCCUCGGCUGGUGUUCCACACGCAGCUGGCCCACGGCAGCCCCACGGGGCGCAUCGAGGGCUUCACCAACGUCAAGGAGCUCUACGCCAAAAUCGCUGAGGUCUUCAGCAUCUCGCCCACCGAGAUCCUCUUUUGCACGCUCAACACGCACAAAGUAGACAUGCAGAAGCUGCUGGGGGGACAGAUUGGCCUGGAGGACUUCAUCUUUGCCCACGUCCGCGGCGAGACGAAGGAGGUGGAGGUGACCAAGACGGAGGAUGCGCUUGGCCUCACCAUCACAGACAACGGGGCCGGCUACGCUUUCAUCAAGUUUUGGCCGUCCCUGCCUGACCCAGUUGGACACGGGCCCACAGAGAGAAUCAAGGAGGGGAGCAUCAUCAACCGCAUCCAGACAGUGUGCGUGGGCGACAGCAUCGAGGCCAUCAACGACCACACCAUCGUGGGCUGCCGGCACUACGAGGUGGCCCGGAUGCUGCGGGAGCUGCCCCGGGCUCAGCCUUUCACCCUCCGCCUGGUGCAGCCCAAAAAGGCCUUUGACAUGAUCGGGCAGAGGACACGGAGCAGCAAGUCCCCGGGCGAGGGCACAGUGGCCAGCGGGAAGGAAACGCUGCGGCUGCGGGCACAGGGCCCAGCCACACUGGAGGAGGGGCCCAGCCCCUUUGAGGAAGAAGCCGCUCGCCGGGUGGAUGACCUGCUGGAGAGCUACAUGGGCAUCCGGGACAGCGAGCUGGCCUCAGCCAUGGUGGAGGCAGCAAAGGAGAGCCCCGGCGUGGCCCAGCUCGCUUGUGGCUUGGACUCUGUGCUGGGCGAGUUCGCCUUCCCCCAGGAGUUCGUGGCCGAGGUGUGGGCGGCCGUCUGCCACCCCGAGAGGGGGCAGGAGUAG